AUUUCUUUCUUAAAAUAAAUAAAGGAAAACAAAAAACCAUCAUUUGUUCUGAUCCCAAAGCUCUUAUCUAAACAAGAACCAGACGAACCUAUAUGUACAUAUAUUCUCAUUAUCUCUUGAGGCAUAUUCAUUUUGGUUAAAGCAAAAGAUUUAAGAGAGAACAGGAAGAAGUAAGAGAGAGAUGGAAGGACAUGUAUUAGCAGUGCCAUAUCCAACGCAAGGACACAUCACACCAAUCCGCCAAUUCUGCAAACGACUUCACUCCAAAGGUCUCAAAACCACUCUCGCUCUCACCACUUUCGUCUUCAACUCCAUCAAACCUGACCUAUCUGGUCCAAUCUCCAUAGCCACCAUCUCCGAUGGCUAUGACCAUGGGGGUUUCGAAUCAGCUGGCUCCAUCGCCGACUACCUCGAAAACUUUAAAACCUCCGGCUCGAAAACCAUUGCAGACAUCAUCCGCAAACACCAGACUAGUGAUAGCCCCAUCACUUGUAUCGUCUAUGAUGCUUUCAUGCCUUGGGCACUUGACGUGGCUAGAGAGUUUGGUUUAGUUGCGACUCCUUUCUUUACGCAGCCUUGUGCUGUUAACUACGUUUAUUAUCUUUCAUACAUAAACAAUGGAAGCUUGAAGCUUCCCAUUGAGGAUUUGCCUUUUCUUGAGCUCCAAGAUUUGCCUUCUUUCUUCUCUGUUUCUGGAUCUUACCCUGCUUACUUUGAGAUGGUGCUUCAACAAUUUAUAAAUUUCGAAAAAGCUGAUUUCGUACUUGUUAAUAGCUUCCAAGAGUUGGAACUUCAUGAGAAUGCAUUGUGGUCGAAAGCUUGUCCUGUGUUGACAAUUGGUCCGACUAUUCCAUCAAUUUACUUAGACCAACGUAUCGAAUCAGACACCGACUAUGAUCUGAAUCUCAUAGAAUCGAAAGAUGAUUCCUUCUGCACCAACUGGCUCGACACGAGGCCACAAGGGUCGGUGGUAUACGUAGCAUUCGGAAGCAUGGCUCAGCUGACUAAUGAGCAGAUGGAGGAGCUUGCUUCAGCUGUAAGCAACUUCAGCUUCCUGUGGGUGGUCAGAUCUUCAGAGGAGGCAAAGCUCCCAUCAGGGUUUCUUGACACAGUGAAUAAAGACAAGAGCUUGGUCUUGAAAUGGAGUCCUCAGCUUCAAGUUCUAUCAAACAAAGCCAUCGGUUGUUUCUUGACCCACUGUGGCUGGAACUCAACCAUGGAGGCUUUGACCUUUGGGGUUCCCAUGGUGGCAAUGCCCCAAUGGACUGAUCAACCGAUGAACGCAAAGUACAUACAAGAUGUGUGGAAAGCUGGAGUUCGUGUGAAGACAGAAAAGGAGAGUGGGAUUGCCAAGAGAGAGGAGAUUGAGUUUAGCAUUAGGGAAGUGAUGGAAGGAGAGAGGAGCAAAGAGAUGAAGAAGAACGUGAAGAAAUGGAGAGACUUGGCUCUCAAGUCACUCAAUGAAGGAGGUUCUACAGAUAUCAACAUUGACACAUUUGUAUCAAGGGUUCAGAGCAAAUAAGUUACUCACAUAAAGUAGCAAAGGUCCUUCUAUAAUAAUAUAUUAUUUAGUACGUCUUUCAUUCAGCAUAAUCUUUAGUUGAUUCUUCUUAUGUUGUAUGUUCAAAUCAUGAAAAACAUAUGGUCUCUUGGUGUUGCUCUCUUUUAACGGAAAAGCUACAUAAAAAUUAUGAUUUCUAGAUC